AUGGCUCCCUUGAAGGCGACCUUGGAGAAUGGAGAACGCUUGAGCUCCGAGAGCAAGGAUAGUGAUUCCCGGCAGCGAUGGCUGUUUGUUACCGGGUUUCCUGUCAUUUCGGGCACGCUAUGUGUCAUGGCGAUGAUGUUUAACAUCUGUGCCCUUUCAAGUGGGUGGCAGCAGCCCGUCAUUAUAGAUGACAAGAGAUAUUCUCUCCCAAGCUGGACAGUCGCUCUGCAAGCUAUAUCGCUCGCUAUUGCAGUUUCUGUUUACAUUGUCUACCUGCUGCUGAUGCAACUACACGAUAAACCGGUCACCGUCUUUUGGAUCAACGUGCUGGGCUGGUUGAUGGCUGCCACCAUUUUGUUCAGCGUUGUUGGGGUCGCUGUACAACGACACCACAGCCUACCACUACACAUACGGGGGGAGUAUACCCAGGCUUUCUAUUAUGGUGUCUUCUCCGCUGGGCUAUAUGUAUUUGUGGCCCUUUUGAUGGCCCUAUACGUGCUCGGGGCACUCCAAAUACAGCUCAGUCGCCGAAAUCGCCGCCAGGUACAACGGAUGAACGUUUUGCUGCGGGCACUCUGGCUGGCAAUCGUGCUACUCGUUGGCGCGGCUAUAUACCGCGCUGUAGAGGGAUGGUCCUUGCUAGAUGCACUGUACUUUGCAGACUUUACCAUUCUCACUAUCGGCAUUGGCAAUCCUGCCCCUGCCACACAUCUUGGCCGUAGCCUAUUGUUUCCCUACGCCACCACUGGAAUAAUUGCGCUAGCUUUGAUGGUCAGCGCUGUGAUAUCCUUCACCCACGACAUGCGUGACAUGAAACUGCGCCUCCAGAUGGCCCAGAUGCGCGACCGCUGGAAGGAAAACGCACCAUAUGACGGGCAAGAGUUACCUCUUCCCCGGGGCGCGCAGGUGCGCGAGUUACAUCACAUCAAAGCAAAAUUCCACAGUACAAUGCAUCGAAGGGAGCUUGUAUUCUUCCUGGUAGCCUGGUUGGUCCUUUGGUUUAUCAGUGCAGCUGUUUUCCGUGUGUCAGAAAAGCAGCAGGGCUGGUCUUACUUUGUUGCGCUCUAUUUCACUUACACCUCACUCACUACCAUUGGCUACGGGGACUUCUAUCCCACCAGCAGCCUUGGAAAGGUCUUUUUUGUAUUCUGGUCGUUGCUGGCUCUGCCUAUCCUCACCAACCUUGUCACUGCUAUGGGUGAGUUCUUCCAUCAAGUUCUGGUUUUCUGCUCCGCCACUCUUUGGAAACACGGUGUUGCAGUCGCCCAUGCGGUGCACAAGAAUUGCAUUGUAUCCCGCAGAGGGAAAAACCAAUGCAACCGUCGACCAAAUUCACUGGAUGUCUCAUCGAGCCCAUCGCUACCAGGCCCCGAGCUGGAAAGUACGGCACCCUCCGCGUUUCAUUCUGUGCAACAAGACGGGUUAUCGCAGAGCCUGCUUCGUCUCCUAAUCGUCGAGGAAAUGGACUGGCUGACUACAAUUCUUCGAGAUGGGUUGCAUUGUGAAGACCUCGGGGUUGCCUGGGCCCGGAUAGUCCCGCUGCUGCAUUCAGGGGAGCAGGACUUCGGCCCGCUUGAACCCCUGUGGCUCACCGCGUCAUCACCACCAUCAAAUCAUCACGAACAGAUGGCGAGGCUGCUGGAUCUUCAUCACCGGGGCCAAGACAGAAAUACCGAGAUUGUGUGGAUGCUAACCUUUCUAAUCCAUAAGCUGCGUGCUGAUUUGGGGGCCGAUGGAUAG